AACAAAAUUUCCUCAUUUCCCAUCCAUCUACCCCAAAAAUAAGCUUUAACCUGAAACAAAAAUCAAAAUAGCAAUGGCUAUGGCAUCUCUUUUUCAUCAAACUUCAAAAACCCAUUUCUACUUUUCUUUCAUAAAUGUCACCAAAAGAAGCUUUAGUUCUUUUUCAACAAAUUUUAAUUCAAGAACUUACACACUGCUAUUUCAAGUGAGGUCAGUUACUACUCCUACUGAAGCUUUUGUUGGAUUCAAUGAGAUGGUUAAUGGGACCCAACGGAAGUAUUACAUGUUGGGAGGGAAAGGAGGCGUUGGGAAGACUAGCUGUGCUGCUUCUUUAGCAGUAAAAUUUGCAAACCACGGUCACCCGACUCUUGUUGUUUCAACUGACCCUGCUCACUCUUUGAGUGAUUCUUUUGAUCAGGAUUUGAGUGGAGGAGCACUUGUUCCGGUUCAAGGAGUGGAUUCUCCAUUAUAUGCGCUAGAGAUAAAUCCUGAGAAAACAAGGGAAGAGUUCCGUGCAACGAGCCAACUAAAUGGUGGUAGUGGUGUCAAAGAUUUUAUGGGCAGCAUGGGUCUUGGAAUGCUUGCUGAUCAGUUGGGAGAACUGAAACUUGGAGAGCUAUUGGACACUCCUCCACCUGGUCUAGAUGAGGCUAUAGCAAUUUCUAAGGUCAUGCAAUUUCUUGAAUCAAAGGACUAUAGCGCCUUUUCUCGUAUAGUUUUUGAUACAGCACCAACGGGCCACACACUUAGACUUUUAUCACUCCCAGAUUUCUUGGAUGCAUCAAUAGGCAAGAUGAUGAAGCUUAAAAAGAAAAUAUCAUCAGCUACUUCAGCUUUAAAAUCCAUGUUCAACAAAGAGGAGCCACAACGAGAUGAUGCUACUGACAAGCUAGAGCAAUUAAGGGAGAGGAUGGCAAAAGUUCGGGAUCUGUUCCGUGAUUCAGCAACUACAGAGUUUAUCGUUGUGACAAUCCCCACUGUGAUGGCGAUCAAUGAGUCUUCACGGCUCUGUGCAUCCUUGAAGAAGGAAACUAUCCCAGUAAGAAAGCUUAUUGUCAACCAACUCCUACCUCCAUCUGCAUCAGAAUGCAAGUUCUGUAUGAUGAGAAGAAAGGAUCAGAUGCGAGCUCUUGAUAUGAUCAGUAAAGAUCCAGAAUUAGCAAGUUUAAAGAUAAUCCAAGCACCAUUGGUUGAUGUGGAAAUAAGGGGCGUCGCUGGAUUAAAAUUCAUGGGGGAUAUGGUUUGGAAAUAAAAUUGUUUCAACAAUCAUGUAGAAUAGUGUUAGCAGUCCUUUAUGAUUUCUCUGUGCCAAAUGGUUUAGCCUUCUAAAAAGGUAGACAUUUAACAUUAUCUAACAAGUUGGUAUUGUUGGAGCUGAGAGAAAUUUACUUAGAUUAGAUCUAAACUAGUUGAUUCUCUUUCGGUAGCCGACUUUUAAGUAACUUUCGCAUUUCUUGCUGA